CACUUUCGCUCCUCAGACCUUGACGACGUCCUCAGUAGCAAUGGAUCCGGUGCAAUUGAGAGGUUCUGGGGAGGAUGACAUUCAUUUGGGGUUCUGGUCUAACAAAUCUAUGGGAAAGGUUGCAGGUGCCACAUUGACGGUCAACCGCCAGACCGGAUCAAUAUUCAUUGCGAUGCUUGCCCUCUACGUUACGGCAACUGGUCGUUCAUUCUGGCGGAUCUGUCGUUAUUUUCUUCACCUUUACCUCUCGAGGGAUACCGACGUGGACGGUAUAUACCAUCAGAGACAGUCCUCCCUCCGGAACAUCGAGCUUGCCCUGGAUACAAUGCUUGAACUUCUCUUUGCGAACCAUGCCUGGCGACACAGAGCAAAGAAAGUCAGUCUGAGAAUAUUACCAGUUGCAACAUUCGCUGCUGUUAUUUAUAUCGCUUUCGUUGCGGCAGGUAUCUUUUCUUCUAGAGCAAUCGAUCGGUCAAUUCUGGAGGGUAAUGACGUGCUGGUUUCCGGGAGAGAUUGUGGUAUCAUCAAGCCCAACACGGUAUCCUAUUCACAAGAUUACGGUUAUCGAUGGGACCCGCAGCACGUUAUGGCCAUGGCGCAAAACUCGCUCGAGUCCAUAACGUUAGCAUCAACCUGUUACCGGAGAGAAAACGCAUCGAGCCUUCGAGAAUGCCGAGCAUUCACUCAAGUAAGGCUACCUUAUAAUAUUGACAGAGCCACACGGUGCCCAUUCGACAGCAAAGUUUGUAAAAGCAACACUAGUAACUUGGAGUUUGACACCGGGAAGCUCGACAGUCUCGAUCAUCUUGGUCUGAAUGCAGGACCGCGCUUUCAGUUCCGCCAUCAAGCUGCUUGCGGCCCAUUGAAGACCGACGGUUAUUCGGAAAGAUACAAUGAUAGUGCAGGCGGUCCGGCACAGCUGAUCGGCUAUAAGUAUGCAACCAGCAAAGCCAAUUCAAGCCUUGGGUCUUAUUUGUACUCGAUACCAGAAUUUCGAUCCUCAACUGAUGUAGCUCAUGGAAACUACCUAACUACUCCAAUACAAAGUCCAUACUUUCAGAAAGACUUCGACAUCAUUCCCGAACUCGAAACCCCAUCCUCGUUACUAUCUCUCGUCUUCCUCGAGAAAUCCACGAUUGUGAAUCUGGAGGAAUCAACCGAUCCUUGGUUAGGCGCUGCUAAACAAGUUCGGGUGAGCAACAUCACUGGCUACAGCUCCGAGGAGCCUGUUGGCGUUAUGGGCUGUGUUACAACUCGUACAUUUUGUCUCCCCGAUUCAGAGGACCGAUGCAUGUUGUGGAAUGUCGCAGACGCUGAGACACAGCUGUCUAAACUCUGGCCUGAAGAAAAGGAUCGCGCGAUUCUGAGGCCUUUGUUUUCACUGCUGACCUUUGGCGACGCGGGCAGCUUGGAUUUCUUUUACACUGACCAAGGGAGCCUGAGCUUACUGGCACGCAACACACUGUCGGGGGCAUUGCAGGGGGCCAAAAUCGCAGAAGACUGGUGGCAGCACGAGCUCGAGCACGUAUUCCAAGCAAGUUUGGCUGCAACUCAAAGGGUCGUAUUGGCGUAUGCGAGAGGCGAGCCGUGGACGAGAUCAGUAGCGAGUACAGCAUAUGGAAGGAAUGAAGUUCUAUGUAAGAGCCAGAAAAUCCGCAGCCCUCAGCACUACUCCUUCAGCAUCCUCGAUAUCGUCGUCAUCUUUAUAAUCGGCGCUAUCUUCAUUGUCCUCUCCACUUUCCUGGACCGCCUCGUUGAUGUUGCACCCAAGCUUAUUCCUCAUUUGCGACGGAGCCGGAAAUUUAUGUACGCACGUGCAGAAUGGCAGACGGGAUCAACGCUACAGAUUCAGCGCAUGGCGCACGAAAGUCUGGGCUUGGGCACUUGGUCGCGGACAACCGAGAGCGUGCCUGUUACCGAAUUUGGAGACCAGAUUGGUGUGUUGGAUAUCAGCGAUGAGAAGCAUCCGAGGUUGAUGAGAAAAUGGGGGCGAGGAGAUCGUGUGGGUGUGGAGGACGAAAGGGAUCGUUUGGAGAAAGACUAG